UCGCGCGAGCCAAAGAGGGGCGUCUUGGUCCUGUAAAGUUCACCCAGUAGGGAAUUGCAGACACAGAUCCAGUCAUGUCGAAGACAAAGGAUAUGGGUUCUUCCGUCAUCCACACGCAGCAGAUGCACGCUGCGAUGGCGGACACCUUCAUUGAGCACAUGUGCCUUCUGGACAUCGACUCUGAGCCUGCUGUGUCUCGCAACACUGGCAUCAUCUGCACAAUCGGACCUGCCUCCCGCUCUGUGGACAUGUCCAAGGACAUGAUCAAGGCUGGGAUGAACAUUGCAAGAAUGAACUUCUCUCAUGGCACACAUGAGUACCAUGCUGAGACCAUCAAGAAUGUCCGUGAGGCAACCGAGAGCUUUGUUCCUGGAUCUGCUGACUACAGACCAGUGGCCAUCGCUCUGGACACCAAGGGACCAGAAAUCAGGACCGGCCUCAUCAAGGGCAGCGGCACUGAGGAGGUUGAGCUCAAGAAGGGAGAAAUGAUCAAGCUCACCCUGGACAACCAGUUCAUGGAGAAUUGUGACGAGAAAACUCUGUGGAUCGACUACAAGAACAUCACCAAAGUUGUGCAGGCUGGAUUCCACAUCUACAUUGAUGAUGGUCUUAUUUCCCUCAUGGUUAAGGAAGUUGGUGCCGACUUCCUGAUGUGCGUCAUUGAGAAUGGCGGUACUCUUGGAAGCAAGAAGGGCAUCAACCUGCCUGGAGCUGCCGUCGACCUGCCUGCUCUGUCUGAGAAGGACCUUCAGGACCUGCAGUUCGGUGUGGAGCAGGGUGUGGACAUGGUGUUCGCCUCUUUCAUCCGCAAGGCUGCUGAUGUUCAAGCCGUCAGGAAAGCUCUUGGUGAGAAGGGCAAGGACAUCAAGAUCAUCAGCAAGCUGGAGAACCACGAGGGUGUGCGCAGAUUCGAUGAGAUCCUGGAGGCUAGCGAUGGCAUCAUGGUUGCCCGCGGUGACCUGGGCAUUGAAAUCCCAACAGAGAAAGUCUUCCUUGCCCAGAAGAUGAUGACUGGCAGGUGCAUGAGAGUCGGAAAGCCCAUCACCUGUGCCACACAGAUGCUGGAGAGCAUGACCAAGAAACCCCGCCCCACUCGCGCUGAGGCCAGCGAUGUCGCCAACGCUGUCCUGGACGGCAACGACUGCAUCAUGCUGAGCGGUGAGACCGCCAAGGGAGAAUAUCCCCUGGAUGCCGUCCGCAUGCAGCACAAGAUUGCCCGUGAAGCCGAGGCAGCCAUGUUCCACAGGCAGAUGUUUGAGGAGCUGCGUCGCACCACUCAUCUGACCCGUGACCCCACAGAGACCGUCGCCAUCGGUGCCGUCGAGGCCUCCUUCAAGUGCUGCGCCAGCGCCAUCAUCGUGCUCACCAAGUCUGGCAGGUCCGCUCAAAUGCUGUCGAGGUACAGGCCCCGGGCCCCCAUCCUGGCCGUGACCCGCUGUGGCACAACCGCCCGCCAGGCCCACCUGUACCGCGGUAUCUACCCCCUGCUCUACACCAAGCCCGCCAACGACGUCUGGGCCGAGGAUGUUGACCUGCGUGUGAACUUUGCCCUGGAAGUUGGCAAGCACCAGAAGUUCUUCAAGGCCGGUGAUGUCGCCAUUGUUGUGACUGGCUGGCGCCCAGGUACCGGUUACACCAACACCAUGAGAAUCGUGCUGGUGCCUUGAUACUUCAUCAACGGACAUUAGUAACCGCUCCCCAUCCCCUCUUCUGUAACCUGCCUCCCCCCUGUGUCGGACUUUUCGUUUCUGUUGGUCUUCAUCACUAACAGAAAUGCAAAACAAGGCCGCUCCAAAAAAAAGGACUGUGUCGAUUACAGACAUUAACUCCCAGAUUCCAGUCAUCCUUUUGUGUAAUUUAUUGUCCAAAUCCUGCUGCCGGAGACCCAACUCGAAACCGUUAUAAUGGAAACUCUUCUGUCAAGCGUGUGCCUGCAUGUUGUGGAGUGGAAAUAAGCGUUCCUCUGCAUGCACUGUAAAGUAGGCUAAACUUUUAGUAAUUUCCUUGGUUUUUCAUUCUUUAAUUAUCCAAGGUUAUGUACUGCUAUUGUCUUCUCCAGUGUAUCAUGUUUGUUGGUAACAAGUGCCAUUGUGAUCAGGCAUAACCAGGUUCCUUUCCAUUAAAAUGAAUUCUUGGGUCAA